AAUUCAGUAUUUAGGGAGAGAUCGCACUGGCCCUGUAUCUUGUGAGCAGCUUUAUUUUCAAAAGAAGAAAGGUUGUAAAAAUGUUUUGAUUGAAUAUAAAGAUGCCCAAUCAUCUAGAGAAUGCAGUUGAUGUUGAUUUUAUUCUUAAAACCGCAAUUGAGAGAGAUCCGAAGAAGAGAAGGGUGAAACCUGUAGAUACUCAAGCAAUAAUAAAUUUCGAAGAUUUAGAAGAAAGCUCAGAUGAUUCCGAUUUUCGAAUUGAAGACCAUCCAGAAGCUACAGAUGAUGAUGAUUCCUCAAAUUCUGAUGGAAAUGAUGAUAGUAGCAGUGAUGAGGAAGAAGAGUCAGAUGAAUCUGAUGUUAAUGAAGAAUUGAAAGCUUUAGAAUAUUCAAAAGAUGAUGGUUUUGCAGUAUCAGAUUUAUUAAAUGAAGCCACUUUCCAAUCAGAUAAAUACACACAGCUAGCGGACAAAUACACUGAAAUACUCAUUUGUUUUGGUUGCUUGGGCGAUCACAGUGAUAGUGUAAAUGAAAUUGUUGAAUGUGACAGCUGUGGAGUAACAGUACAUGAAGCAUGUUAUGGAGUAUCAGAUACCGCUAGUUUGUCCAGUACCGAUUCUUUAUCACCUACAGCUCCAUGGUUUUGUGAAGCAUGUAAAGCAGGAAUCACAAACCCCAUAUGUGAAUUAUGUCCAAACUCUGGUGGUAUCUUUAAAGAAACUGACGUUGGAAAAUGGGUUCAUUUGGUAUGUGCCCUAUAUGUGCCAGGAGUUGCAUUUGGGGAAGUUGACAAACUCACAAAUGUUACCCUCUUUGAAAUGCCAUACAAUAAAUGGGGAGCCAAAAGCUGCAGCUUGUGUACAGAUGAGAGAUUUGCAAGAACUGGAGUUUGUAUAGGUUGUGAUGCAGGAAUGUGUCGAACUUACUUUCAUGUCACUUGCGCUCAAAGGGAAGGAUUUCUUUCUGAAGCUCAUUCUGAGGAGGUAGAUCAAGCCGAUCCAUUCUAUGCUCAUUGUAAAUUACAUUCCGAUAAAACAUUGGUGAAAAAACGAAAAAAAAACUACUUGGCAUUGCAAUUGAGAACACACUACAGAUAUUUACAAUUCCAAAAAGAAGGCCAUUCCACCUCUGUUGAACAGUUGAGGAUAAAAAGAAAGUUAGAAAAACAAAAAGUACAUUAUUUGAAUCACAAGUCUUCAAAACCUUUACCUUGGGUCCCAACUCAAAAGAUGCCUAGGCUCUUGACAACAAGUGCUUCAGCAUGUAAAAGAUUACUUAAAAAAGCUCAACUGAUGGGUAUUGAUACUUUAGCUUUGGAAAUGCAGGAUGCACAAAUUGCAGCUCUACAAGAUAUUAGGAAAAAAUGGCAUAUAUCUCCUGCUUUCAGUGUAGAAUUCAUUGCUUACUAUAUGGACAGAAAUGAUAGGUUAAAAGGUAUGAAAGAUACAUUAGAAAAGUUAUUGGAGGAGAAUAAAGCCCUACUAGAAGAACAACAAACACUUAGAACAAAAUAUGAUGAGUUACUCAAAAAUAGCGCUGAACCAUCAAAAAAGGAAAAAGAUCUGAAACAGGCCAUACAUAAAUUUCACUCAGCUAUUCUCAGUGCAUCUCCUACAAAAAAUUUACCUGAUAUAGAAAAUCUUGGUAAACCCAAUAUUAUAAGACCUACACAACCGAUGAUGGUACCUACUGCAGCGGCGCUUAAAAUGGGGGUAGGGUUUCCUCUGAACAAUAUGGCACCAGGAAGAACAGAUAGGGUACUGAGUAGCCAUGCCAAACAAGAUCCACUUUUACUCAAUGAAUGUGCCACAUGUAGACAAAGAAGGGAUCAACAUUUAUUAGCCAAAUGUGAUACAUGCAGCCUGUUCUAUCAUUUAGAUUGCUUGAGUCCUCCAUUGACAAGACUACCCAAAAAAUCAAAAUUAUAUGGUUGGCAAUGCUCAGAAUGCGACAAAUCGUCAGACUCUGAGGUUGAAGAACUGAACACACCACGUCGUAGCAAAAGCAGAUACAGUAGAGAAGCUCGAUCUGAUCCUGAAUCUCUAACCCCUAUCAUUAAAAUAAAACCAUUGGAACUUUACAACAACCCCAAAAUUGUGAUAAGGUCAAUGAGUUCUGAGGAAAACUUAGUUGAUUCUAAAGUGAUAAUUAAGGCAGCAGAUGAAGAAAAAUUUGAAGAAAUUGAACCAGAACAAGUAAAAACAUUUGAAAACAUAAGUGUUACAAAUGGCAGUGAAGGUCAUAAGUCAGGAAAGAAGAGGAGAAGAGAAAAACAUCGUUCUAGAUAUUCUCCUGAUCUGGGAAGUUCUGGAAAAGAACAUAAACGUAAAAGAAAGAAGAAAAGCAUUGAUAUUGAUGAUAUGCCGCAUCCUAGAAUCACGAUAAAGAUAAAACCAAUACCUCUUCCAGAUGGGGAAGUACCAUCUGAAUCAAACCCUCAGAGAUUUUAUGUUCCACAAGAAAAUGGAGAUCAAGGCCCCCCAGAUAUACCUCCUAAAACAGAAAUAAAAGUAAGAAGUCCGCGUAACUUGAUAUCUAAGCCAACAUUAGAACUUCCUAAAGUUAUGAAUAAGGCUGAAAAGAAGAGUACUGAGAGUCAUUGUCAUGUUUGUGCGGAAGAAGCACGUAGCAAUGAAUCUGUUAAAUGUGAUGAAUGCCUGAAUCUUUAUCAUUUCCUUUGUUUGGAUCCUCCACUAAAGAAGACACCUAAAAGAAGAGGAUAUUCUUGGCAUUGUGCUGAUUGUGAUCCUACUGGAUCAGAAUAGAUGGCGAAUUUAAAUUAUAAUUUAUAGUGUAUUCAUAGUAUUAAGAACUUUUAAAAAUGUACUUUUUUGAAAUAAAUUCAAAUUUGAUUGUAA